GGUAGGGCAUGGGGAUGGAUACACACUGUCUAGAAGGCAGUGGCAGCAUCCUCACUGCAGUGACCAUGCUAUCCCCUCUCCAAGGCCAGCAGAAUACCAGCUGAGGACAUGGAUGUACACAGGUCCCUUUUCUUCUGCCUGUGCUUUCUGGCUGUUCAAGGGGCCCUAGAAGAAACACGGGGGCAGCUACUGAAUAUGAUGAGGCGUCUGGAGCGACCAGUAGGCCGGGCCUUGUCUCCUCGAGUGAGGUACAUCCAUGACCUGGAGCAGAUGCUGCUCAACGCCAGCUUCUGUGGGCACAACUUGACCUUGCAGACAAACUCCAUCCAGUCUCUGGUCUUCAAGCUGAGCUGUGACUUUCCUGGUCUCUCCCUGUCCAGUGCCACCCAGAUGAAUGCCUCCCAGGCCUGGGCCCCGCAUGCCAUGCAGUUCCCUGCUGAGCUGACCAAGGGUGCUUGUGCGACCUCCCGGCCUGCCGAGCUUCGUCUCAUCUGCAUCUACUUCUUCACCACACACCUCUUCCAGGAUGACCGGAACUCAACCCUGCUCAAUAACUACGUCGUGGGGGCCCAGCUGGAUCACAGGCCCGUGAACAACCUUCUGAAGCCAGUCAACAUCAGCUUCUGGCACAACCAAAGUCUGGAAGGGUAUACAGUCACUUGUGUCUUCUGGAAGAAGGGAGCCGGCAAGCGCAGCUGGGGAGCCUGGAGCCCUGAGGGCUGUUACACAGAGCAGCCCUCACCCUCUCAGGUUCUCUGCCACUGCGACCACCUCACCUACUUCGCUGUGCUCAUGCAGCUCUCUGGAGACCCGGUGCCCGCAGAGCUGCAGGUGCCUCUGGAGUAUAUCUCCUUUGUGGGUUGCAGCAUCUCUAUCGUGGCCUCGCUGCUCACCAUACUGCUUUAUGCCCACUCCAGGAAGCAAAGUGACUCCAUUGCACGCAUCCACAUGAACCUGCACGGCUCUGUUCUGCUCCUGAAUGUCACCUUCCUUCUGAGCUCCCAGAUGGCCCUGCCCGUAGUGCCCAGGUCAGUCUGCAUGGUGCUGGCUGCCACCCUACACUAUGCACUGCUCAGCUGCCUUACCUGGAUGGCCAUUGAAGGCUUCAAUCUCUACCUUCUCCUGGGGCGUGUCUACAAUGUCUACAUCCGUCGAUACUUAUUCAAGCUCUGCACGCUGGGCUGGGGGUUUCCAGCCCUCCUGGUGCUGCUGCUUCUGGUGGUCAAGAGCUCAGUGUAUGGACCUUAUGUGAUCUCUUUCUCCAAAAGCCAGGAAAAUGGUACAGGCUUCCAGAAUGUGUCCAUGUGCUGGGUACGUAGUCCCAUUAUACACCGUGUCCUAGUCAUGGGCUACAGUGGGCUUACAUCUCUGUUCAACCUGGUGGUGCUGGCCUGGGCGCUGUGGAUCUUGUGCAGGCUACGGGCACGGGAGAAGGCACUGAGUCCUUGGGCCUACCGAGACACGAUCAUGGUGCUAGGCCUCACUGUACUACUGGGUACCACCUGGGCCCUGGCCUUCUUCUCCUUCAGUGUGUUUCUGCUGCCUCAGCUCUUCCUCUUCACCAUCUUCAACUCGCUCUAUGGUUUCUUCCUCUUCCUGUGGUUUUGCUCACAAAGGCGUUACUCAGACAACGAAGCCAAAGCAGAGGUAGAAGCAGUCAGCUCCUCCCAGGUGAUGCACUAACCCAGCUCCGGUUCCUGCGGCCUCAGCCUUUCCUGCUUCCCACAGCCCACGGCCUUGGCACAUCCAUGGAAGGUGGUAGGCUCGU